GGCCCCUAGUAAAAGGGAAAGCAAAACCGUUUCAGACAUGAAAUUCCUUCUCUGUCUCAUGGGGAGCUCUAGUGAAUCUGGGUGUGUUUUGCCAGUAAAAUCCAACCCCCUUUGAGGCUUUAAGUAACACCCUGGUUGAAUGGAUGUCACUGUCACCACACAAGCUUUUUUGAGAAGAAUUUCUUCAUUCAUCCAAAUCUACUAGCUUCAAAGAUGCCAACAAUGCUGAAAUUAAUUGGUGGCAAUGAAGGAGAUUGGUUUUCAUUUACUGGCAGGAACAAUGGUGCCAGUUUGAAGAGGAUAUGGGUAUGGGUGGGGCCAUCGCAGGUGAAGGCUGUCAGGGUCUGGCUUUCAGAUGGGCAAAAUAAAACCUAUGGAAGCCCAGAGGGAGAUUACACGGAGUACAUGUUCCAGCCUGGUGAGAGAAUCACCUCACUGUCCCUGUGGGGCAACGGUAAUGGGACACGUCUCGGAGCCAUUAAAUUCAAGACCAGCCGAAAUAAUGAAUUUUUUGUGAAAAUGACAAGCUGGGGUUUAAAAACAGAAUACCCCAUCGAUGUCGGCUCUGGGUUUUGUCUGGGCAUUAAAGGAAGAUCCACAUGUGACAUUAACUGCUUGGGAUUUGAGUUUCUCAAGAACAUUCAAUCCGUAGUUCUUACCAAUGUCAGUUAUCCCACUAUUGAGAAAGUGAUUCCACAGGUGGCAUCGGAAGGAAUCAAAUCCGUCACGUUGAAAAAUGGGACCUCUGUCAGAACACAGCAAACAGUCGAAACUUCAAAAAAAAUAAUUCAAACAACCUCGUGGUCUAUGAGCGAAAACAUUACAGCAACAUUCAGUGUGGAGGUGAAGGCUGGGAUCCCAAGCUUUGGAGAAGCUUCCACAGGAGUCAGUACUACCGUCGGAAAAGAAAACACUUACUUACAUGUGAACACAACUGAAAACACUGAAAUUUUUUCCACCGAUAUAGAAGUUCCACCAGGGAAGAAGGUGGAUGUAAAGAUCACUAUUGGCAGAUGCUCUUUUGAUCUGCCUUACACUGGCACCUUGAGGAUGACUUGCUCUAACGGCAGUGUGUUUUCUUUUCAAACCAAGGGUCAAUACAAGGGUGUCACUUACACUGAUGUAAACAUAGAUACUAAAGAAUUUGAUCUUUGAUAUCAAGAUUUAGGACUUCAGAAGACGCAACAUCUGGAUCAACACGCACAUUCCCAAAUUUCUAUAUAUCCUAAUUAUUGUUAAUAUGUAAUUCAUUUUUCCAGGAGCUCAUUGCUUCUACCUUUAAUUAAAUUGCUAACAGUGAUUGUAAAUUAAUUGCCUAAAUUAUUACAUUAUUAGCUAACUGCAUUCUCUAAAUUGUAAUGUUGACAUGCACUCUCUGUAAAGCUGCUUUGAAACGAUAUGUAUUGUGAAAGGCGCUAUACAAAUAAAUGUGAAUUGAAUUGAAUUGAAUUGAACACAUACUGAAUAUUCUUGAUGUUAUUGAUAUGUUAUAUGAUAUGAUAUGGUAUGAUAUGGUUGUCAUGGUUUCAUUCUGUUGUCAAAGUUACUGCUUGUUUUGUUGAUUCCUUUCACCUGCCCCCAGUUUAGUUCGCAUUACCCCAUGUGUAUAUAUAGCCCUCAGUUUGUUCAGUUCUUUGUCUGCCAUUGUUUGUGUAUAGCACACACUGUUUGUUUGUUUUGCCUUCUUUGGAUUAUCUGCUCGAUGUAUUUUUGUUUUGCUUUAUAUAUUAAAAUUAAAAGUGCUGCAUCUUA